AUGGCAGACACAGCAGUUGCAACUCCCGCCGACAAGAAGGCGCCCCCCAAAUUCAAGCAGAGGACCACUCGCACCUUCAAGAGUAAGGCCCCAAAGCCUGGCCAGAAGGGAUUCGGAGACGACAUCCCUGGCAUGGAGGGUCUGGGCACAGACAUCACAGUGGUUUGCCCUUGGGAAGCCUUCGGUGACAUGGAACUCAGUGACCUGGCCAAAUACGGAAUUGUCUAG